UUACUGACGAUCUUCCUGGAAGAUGACGACGCUGCAAGAUCUCGUGCUAGACGACAAGGAGUACGUGGAGCUUCUCCGCAAGCUCAUUAGUGUGUCGGAAACAGUGCAAAAUGCGCCUGGUCUGGGAUUAAUUCCUCAGGAAAACCUAGUGUCGGACUUUGUACUGACAGAGCUCAAGCCUUUUACUGGAUCGGAGCUGAGCGUCGAGCGUGUCGAGUUCGUGGCUGGACGCGGCAACGUCAUCAUCAAGUACGCGCCACCUUCGGCUGCUAGCGACAAGACGCUGGCUCUGGUGGGCGCCCACAUGGACGUGGUGCCUGCAAACCCGGAGGGCUGGGAGAGAGACCCCUUUACACUCACCGUAGAGGGCGACAAGCUCUACGGACGCGGCACCACGGACUGUCUGGGGCAUGUGGCUCUCCUGACCUUGUUGUUCCGGGAGCUAGCCAAGCACAAUGUGCAGACCAAGACGCAAAUCGUGUGUGUGCUCAUCGCGUCGGAGGAGAACAGCGAGAUUGAAGGCGUUGGCGUCGAGACGCUGAUGGAGUCCGGGAAAAUCGACUUCCUCAAGAACGGCCCCGUGUUCUGGGUCGACUGCUCCGACAGCCAGCCUUGUAUUGGCACAGCUGGAGCUAUCACGUGGACUCUCAAGGCUACGGGCAAGCUGUUCCACAGUGGGCUGCCGAACUUGGGCAUCAACGGACUGGAGCUGGCUAUGGAUGCCAUGACUAAGAUCCAGGAGUAUUUCUACAAGGAGUUUGGACCAGUGGACAAGGAGAAAGAGUACAACUACUCGUGUCCAUCGACUAUGAAGCCCACGCGCAUUGAAUCGUCGGUCAACGGACUCAACCAAAUUCCGCCAUGGGCCAAGGUCGCAGGUGAUGUGCGUCUCUCUCCCUUUUACGACAUGAAGGAGAUGAUUGCUAAGAUGACGGCGUUUGUGGACGAUCUUAACGCCAACAUCACGUCUCUGGAAGGAAACCGUGGUCCGGUCUCGAAGUACACGCUCCCGGAUGAGAACCGCAAGGGUAAGCUGGAGCUGGUGUUCGACAAGAGCUACUACGAAGGCAUCGCCUGCUCGCUCGACUCGAUUGGCUACAAGGCCCUGCAUUCGGCGAUCAGUGAAGUUCUGGGAGAGGCGAAGCCGUUCUCCAUUAGCGGAAGGUAA